UCCUCUCGUUCGCGCAGAGAUCCCUGGGAAACCGAGUCCACGCUCUAAAUAAUUCAAGCCCCCAUUCCCUUCUCCUCCAACGCUAACAAGAUGCCGGCCGUACAUCACAAACUGCUCCUGGAGGAGGCUUUGCAGGACAGUCCUCAGACUCGCUCCUUGCUCAGUGUGUUUGAGGAAGAUUCUGGGAUGCUUACAGACUACACCAACAAGCUGCUUCAGUCAAUGCAGCGGGUGUUUGGAGCUCAGAGUGAGAUGGGAUUGGCCACAGAGCAGCUCUCACAGCAACUUCUGGAAUAUGAGAAGAAAAAUUUUGCCCUUGGAAAAGGUGAUGAGGAGGUAAUCACCACACUGCAGAGCUUCGCCAAAACUGUAGGGGAGCUGAACUCACUCCACUCUGAGCUAGCCAACCAGAUGGCUGACAGCAUGGUCUUCCCCUUGAUCCAGUUCCGAGAGAAGGACCUCACAGAGAUAAGCACACUGAAGGAAAUAUUUGGCAUCGCCACUGAUGAACAUGAGGCAGCUAUGGUCAAGUACAGCCGAUUGCCUAAGAAGAAGGAGAAUGAGAAGCUGAAGGCAGACUUGGUGAAGGAGGUGGCUUACACCAGAAGGAAGCAGCACCAGGCCUCACUGCAGUAUUACUGCGCUCUCAAUGCCCUGCAGUAUCGCAAGAGAGUUGCUAUGCUUGAACCCAUGUUAGGCUACACGCAGGCACAGAUCAGCUUCUUCAAGAAAGGCAUUGAGCUGGUGUCAAAGAAGAUGGACAACUUUCUCUCCUCUGUGUCCAACAUGACACAAAGUAUCCAGGCCCAGCUGGACACGGAGGCGGAGGCCAUGCGUGCGGCCCAGAGGGAGCUUCUGUCUGUGGAGGACACUGUCUACAUGCCAGAUAAGGACACUGAGCCUGUCAAUCGCACACUUAUCCAGAAGGCUGGCUACCUCAACAUUAGGAAUAAAACAGGCCUGGUAACCACAGCCUGGGACCGACUCUACUUCUUCACCCAGGGAGGGAACCUCAUGUGCCAGCCUCGUGGGGCGGUGGCAGGGGGCAUGGUGCUGGACCUGGACAACAGCUCCGUCAUGGCUGUGGAGUGUGAAGACAGACGUUACUGUUUUCAGAUAACCUCCCCCUCUGGCAAAACGUCAAUGAUUCUGCAAGCUGAAAGCAAAAAGGAGUAUGAAGAAUGGAUUUGCACUGUGAACAACAUCUCCAGACAGAUCUACCUGACUGACAACCCAGAGGCUGUGGCCAUUCGACUGAACCAAACUGCCAUCCAGGCAGUCACCCCCAUCACCAGCUUUGAGAAGAGACAAGAAGGCUCUCCCAACCCUGACAGAGCAAAGCCAGGAGGUGUACAUGCUACCAGCAGUGGUUCCCAGAAGUCAGGAGCUGCUCCUGAACCAGAGGACCUGAUAGCCCCUGGGACGCCCAUUCAGUUUGACAUCAUGCUGCCAGCCUCUGAGUUUCAAGACCAGAACAGAGCUGGAGGGAGACGCACAAAUCCAUUUGGAGAAACGGACGAUGACUGUUCAACAGAAAGUGAUGACUCCCUCCUGCAGCAGGUAUUUGCCGUGCGCUUCCUUGGCUCCAUGGCGGUCCGCUGUGGCGACAAUCAGGAGGUGAUCUAUGAGGCCAUGAGGCAGGUCCUGGCUGCCCGAGCCAUCCACAACAUAUUCAGGACCACUGAGUCCCACCUCAUGGUCACCAGCAGUAACCUCAGGUUGAUUGACCCUCAGACUCAAGUUACAAGAAUUAGUUUCCAGCUUGGAGAGGUGUGUCAGUUUGCAGCCCACCAGGAGAAUGGGAGGCUGAUGGGGUUUGUGGUUGAGGGCAGAGACUGGAGUGAUGGAGAUGAGGAGGGAGAGCCAUCAUUUAGCGCCUUUGUCUUCGAGAGCAACACAGAGGGCGAAAAGAUAUGUUACACCAUAAGCUUGGCGAAGGACAUUACAGAAGCCAAGAAGGACCCUGAGGCCCUGGCCCAGCUGAUGAAGAACAUGCCACUUACCAACGAUGGCAAGUUCCUGCUGCUGGAGCCUGAGACGGGUGACAUUACCAAUGGAGCAGGACAAGAAGACCUGGAGUCUGAGGCCUAGUCAGGACCAAAAAGAUAAACCCAAAACCAGGGCCACAGUCCGACUUUUACCCGGGAGAGAAGGCUUUCCUUGGAUGAAGGUUUCAUCACGAUCCCCAAGCAUUAACUCUGGUACUGUAACACCCAUAUUAGAGAGUGUAGUUCACUUCCACUGACCCUGUUUCACUAGAUCUCCAGUUUUUUUCGCUGUGAUAAAAGAAGACGAAAUUGGCAAGGUGGGCUACGUGGACAUAAAAGCAUAUCUCAUGGGCGCUCCAUUAGAUCUGCUUUUCCAUGGUCAAUCUGUAGCAUGGGUCUUGGAUUAGGAGUUUUGCCUGUGUUUUUACACCAUUGUGGGUGGUACCUUAAAGCAAAAGGGACACUAUAUAGGUAUUGAUUGUGUUUUCAUUGUCUUCUAAUAUCCUCAGCCAUGUAACAAAGGGCGGUGAGUCAUUUGCUUCAGUUUAGGUUUACAUAGUUUUAAAUCUGUCUGGUAAGUUUAUUUCUUUACUUUGUUUCACACGUUAACUUGUAUGUAAGGCUCUCUCGUGCAACUACUUUUUAUUAGUCAUGUACAAAAACAGUUAUUGCACUUCCAAGGUUUAUAUCUGUUUAAAAAUAACACUUAAUGCAGGAUGGAAAUUUGAAGACAAUGAAGGACUUAAAAAAUAGGUUAAAAUCAUGUCAGUUCCUUUUAGAUGCAGAGCAGUGACUGUUCUUAUUAUCGUUACUCUGUGUUGAGCAUAUGUGUCUUGAAGCAGUGGAAACAGGAGGCAAAAGUGAUUAGACUAAACUUUUUUGUUCUUUCUGACUUGAGCUACCAUUAGCUUACUCAGACUUGUUAUCCUGACUAUAUUAAGAUAUCCCACUAAAACUGAAUUACUGUCAUACUUGACAAAAUCCUCCAAUACCUGUCUUCAGAUGAUCCAUAUCUCAUAUCCUCAUUGUACAGCCAAGAUAUUCUUUAGUAUAAUUUUAAAACGCUCCAUUUCUUGAAAGCCUGUGUAAAUAUGAUCUGUCCGAGUGUCUAUAUGAUGUUUCAUCAGAUUCGGCUGCAUUAAAAGCUUUCAGAGGCAAUAUACUAGGACUGAUGGGGUGCAUGAUUAAAUUAUGGCGUUCUCUCGCUCGUUCCCUUCCCAGAUGAUUAAAACCUCUACACUGAGCAGUGAGAUGUAAUACAAAAAAAAAUCCACUGUAAUGUUACAGUAACACAUGUAGGCAGACCACAGUGGGUUAUUGCAUACUCAUUGAAAAGCAAUUUGCUCUUUGCUCAUACAUAUGAAUGCUAAUCAGAACAGAGAGCAGAUGGGAAAGUGAUUGAUCUGUGAAAUUCAUCCUUCCCUCUAGAUCCCAGUGCGGUUUUGUACCAUUUCAACUCAUUUGAGCUAUAACGCUGAUUUCGAUGGACAGUGCAAGCCCAUGAUUCUCUGUGUGAAGUUGACAGGUUUUCUACUGAGUGAUACAGACGAGGUCAAAGCCACUGACUUGACGUUGAUCGUGAAAGUUACAUUGUGUUGACCAGUGCGUUUGCUUGUCUGCUUGCUUUUUCUACUCUACGUCAGAGCUCAUGGCAGAAACAAAUGUAUAAAGUGUGGAUAUUUCAUGUAGAACUGCCUGCUCUACUGGUGAAAUAAUUAAGUUGGAUUGCUCGUUGUAAUUGAAAGAACUAAAGGAAUAGUUUGACAUUUUGGGAAAUGCACUUUCUCCCGUCUCACAGGCAGGUAGAUGAGACAGUUGAUAUAUUUACUGUACAGAUAUUACAGUAUAAUAACCAGCAGCCAGUUAACCAAAGGGUAAAAACACCAAUUGACUAUUAAAAGGAUCAUUAUGUGUCGGAUUGUUUCUUGACCCUAACCCUAACCCUAAGGCCUGCUUUGAGCAACUAGAGAAGCUAAUUGAAAACGUAUAUGCCAUCAGCAGGUAGUUGGUAGGUUUCUGGACAAAGACAGACUAUUACCUCUUUCCCAAGAGCUCAGUGGUCGUAGUUUUGACAGUGAUGAUGAUGUAAUCGCUGCUGUGGAACACAAAAGUUAUUAACUUCAAACUUUCUGCAUAAUCACUCAAAUAUUUGAACUUCAUGUGCAUAUAACAAGAGCUGUUUAACUUCUCUCCCUCUGAUGACCUUGCUCACAAACUCAGAUAAACUCGGGAUGAGCAUUUCCCUAAAUGUCAAACUUUUGCUUUAAGUCUUAACUAUUAACCAUUUUUAUUUUGGUUGUCUGAUGUAAACGCAGACUGUGGCAGGUUGUCCAAUGCUAUAAAAAAAAAUGUCCUUCCAAAAGACUUGUACCCUCCUUCCCUGGGUGCUGGUUAAGAUGCUUUAAUCACACCAUUAGAAGUCCAGCACAUACUUAGAGCAUUGGCCUCCAAAAAUCUUUUUCCCCAGUUUAACAACUUACACAAGCUGGUGUCUGUGUUGUUCCUUUGAUUGAUGGCUCAGGUGGUGAAAAGAGUUUCUCCAACUAAACCCCAUUCAGUCAAAGAAACCAAAUCCUCUUACUGUAUGUGGCCUGCUGCAGCCCAUUACACUUAUUACAGCUGUGCCGCUUAGUCUUGAUAUAUUCUUGCUUUGUAAGAUAUGCACUGUCAGGAAAAAUCUGGUACUCGUGGUGCAGAAAAUAUAUUUCUGUAAUAUAGCAAGGAAUGCAUUUUCUCCUUUUGCCCUCUGUCUUUUUGUAAAUGGCAAAAGUUGACAGAAUCCAAUACCCAUAAGGCUUUGCACUUAAUUUGACCUAGUUUUCUAAAACCAAUGUUAACAUGCAAUCUGUAAUAAAUAAGUAUUUUUUUCUUA